CGAGGAGUUCAGGGCCAGACGGUUGCUAGGGUGACAGGAAUACAACAUGGCGGCCGGAUCCUAACGCUCUCCAUCUAGGGACCACGGCGGAGGUCCUAGUUCAGGACCCUGCCCCAAAGGAGUGGAAGCCAGGGGCCACCCUUUCUGUCCCUUUCUUCUCCUUCCACUAUCGGCAAAGGGUUGUCGCCGGCUUGCGCAUCCAUGAUGAAGAGGAGAAGACACCCAUUAUCGGAAAAAAAAAUUAUGCACUAUAUGUACCAGUUGUGUAAAUCCCUUGAUCACAUGCACAGAAAUGGAAUAUUUCACAGAGACGUAAAACCAGAAAAUAUAUUAAUAAAGCAGGAUGUCCUGAAAUUAGGGGACUUUGGGUCCUGCCGGAGUAUCUAUUCUAAGCAGCCGUACACGGAAUACAUCUCCACCCGCUGGUACCGGGCCCCAGAGUGUCUCCUCACUGAUGGCUUCUAUACCUACAAGAUGGACCUGUGGAGCGCGGGCUGCGUGCUCUAUGAGAUGGCCAGCCUGCAGCCCCUCUUCCCCGGAGCCAACGAAUUGGACCAGAUCUCGAGGAUCCACGACGUCAUUGGCACACCUACUGGGAAGACCAUCACCAAGUUCAAACGGUCGAGAGCUAUGAGUUUUGAUUUUACUUUUAAAAAGGGAUCAGGAAUACCUCUACUGACAGCCAGUUUGUCCCCGCAAUGCCUCUCCCUCCUGCACGCAAUGGUGGCCUAUGAUCCCGAUGAGAGAAUCACUGCCCACCAGGCCCUGCAGCACCCCUACUUCCAGGAACAGAGGGCAGCUGAGAAGCAGGCUCCAGCCAGGCCCAGGAGGAAGGCCUCCGCUCUCUGCCCCAAGCGGCCGGUGGCACCAGAACUACUCAGUAACAACUGGCAGCCGGCACAGGAGGGCAGCAAGCAGAAACAGCCCCUAAAGCAAGAGGAGGACCAUCCCAGGAGACACAGACCAGCCUACGUGAUGGCACUGCCCAAGCUCAAGCUAUCGGGAGUGACCAAGCAGCCCUUGUACUACAGCCCAGCGCUGCAGUCAGUGGUUGCCCCCGGAGCGACCCGGAAGGUCCCGGUGCUGAGACCCCCGAAGUGUGUUGGCCCGAACCAGAAGACAGACACACAGAAGGACAUCCAGCCUAACCUGAAACAGUACCGCCGGCCCACAGUAGAGCGGAGAGGUGGAGGCUACUGAGUGGCGCUGCGGCUCCCCUGCUCGGGGCGGCUCCCACCCGGCCGGGCCCCAGCGAGCGUCCCGGGAGAGCUGCCCCCAGACCAGCACCAGCACCUCGGCUUGGAGCCUGCCGGCCCGAGGCUGCUUGCGUCCUAAAGGCAGCCGUACUGUAGGUUCCAGUCUCAGACCUUUGUAAAAUGACCUCAUUCUAGGCUUUCGGUUCCUUUCCGUAACAUAAGAAUUUGGGGCAGGGAAUAUUUUGUAAUUUUUUAUAUGAAUCAAAACAGAAAUUAUACUUCGUUAUGGAUUAUUUAGGCCCGGUUUCACUGAGGCUCUGCACACGGUGCCUUCCUUAGUGCAUCCGUCACCAGCAGUGUCCUAGCACGUUUGGCUUCCAGAUUACACCAUUGGAGACCCCUGAUUUUUAUUAAACAAUAAGCUGUCAUUACAGUGUUGCA